CUUCCGACGACGUCGGUAUGAAAUGGCAGAAACUGCUUGUGUCACGGAAGCACAAAGAUUAGGUUACGUAGGAGCCGCUACACAUGUAUUUUGCGGUGAUCCCGGCCUGCUAGUGUGAGAGAAACGGGACUAUAUCCGGAGGAUUAAAAAAAAAAGGGGGAUUAAAGUGCUGUUUUUCUUUUUUUUAAAAAAAUAAAAUAAAAAAAUAAAGAAGAAAGAAAGAAAAAGAAAACGGCCGGGUUGUGUCUCCAGCAGGCAGCGAACGGCGACUGCGGGUCGACACUGUUGGAAUUAACGGGAGAGGGGUCUUGAGAGGACAGCUCCACUUGGAUGCCCAGUCACAGCGUUCGUCCAAGGCUUCACCAUGAACCGGAACAAGCGUGAAAAGGAGUACUACAGUAUAGAUGUGGGCGAUUCGACUUUUAUGGUUUUAAAGCGCUACCAGAACCUCAGGCCCAUCGGAUCCGGAGCACAGGGAAUUGUCUGUUCAGCAUAUGACCACAACUUGGAGAGGAACGUUGCCAUCAAGAAGCUGAGCCGACCCUUCCAGAAUCAAACACAUGCAAAACGGGCCUACAGGGAACUGGUGCUUAUGAAAUGUGUCAACCACAAGAACAUAAUCGGCCUAUUAAAUGUUUUCACACCACAGAAGACACUGGAAGAAUUCCAAGAUGUGUAUCUAGUGAUGGAGCUCAUGGAUGCCAACCUCUGCCAGGUGAUUCAGAUGGAGCUGGACCACGAGAGGCUGUCUUACCUGCUCUACCAGAUGCUGUGUGGAAUCAAACACCUACACGCCGCAGGCAUCAUACACAGGGACCUGAAGCCCAGUAACAUAGUGGUGAAGUCUGACUGUACUCUAAAGAUCCUGGACUUUGGCCUGGCCAGGACGGCCGCGACCGGCCUCCUCAUGACGCCCUACGUGGUCACCCGCUACUACCGCGCCCCUGAAGUCAUCCUGGGCAUGGGCUACCAGGCCAAUGUUGAUGUCUGGUCUGUUGGCUGCAUCAUGGCUGAAAUGGUCCGGGGUAGUGUGUUGUUUCCAGGCACUGAUCAUAUCGACCAGUGGAAUAAGGUGAUUGAGCAGCUGGGGACGCCAUCUCAGGAGUUCCUGAUGAAGCUCAACCAGUCAGUGAGGACUUACGUGGAGAACCGGCCACGGUACGCCGGCUACAGCUUCGAGAAGCUCUUCCCCGAUGUCCUGUUUCCUGCAGACUCUGAACACAACAAGCUGAAAGCGAGCCAAGCCCGAGACCUACUAUCCAAGAUGCUGGUUAUCGAUGCGUCAAAACGGAUCUCAGUGGACGAAGCUCUCCAGCACCCGUACAUCAACGUGUGGUACGACCCGACUGAAGUGGAAGCACCACCACCAGUGAUCACAGACAAGCAGCUGGAUGAGAGAGAGCACACAGUGGAGGAGUGGAAAGAGUUGAUAUAUAAAGAAGUGUUGGACUGGGAAGAGAGGACAAAGAAUGGCGUCAUCAGGGGACAGCCACCCUCCAUAGGUGCAACAGUGAGCAGCAGCCCCCACCAGCACCACCCCUCCACAUCCUCCUCCGCCUCCGCCAACGACAUCUCUUCCAUGUCCACAGACCCAACUCUGACUGACACUGACAGCAGCCUGGAGACGGCCAGCGCCGCCGCUGCUACGACCACCGGCCCCCUGGGCUGCUGCAGAUGACUAUCAUCUACACCUCCUCCUGGUCCUGGGCUUGGCUGGGCCACACCCCCUAGUCACCUCUGGGGCCGCCAGCCUGACACUGGCUCUUGGUCCCGCCCCCUGUAUCUGCCUCCUCCCACCUCCUCUCUGUGCUUGUCUUUAGUAGUGUAGCGAUUAGCCAGCUAGCUGUUUGAGAAAUAUUUCUGAAAGGACAGAUCUUUUUUCUUUAUUUUUUAUGACAGUUAUUAGUCUUUUUUUUUUUUUUUUUUUUAAAUUAGGAUUUCUCUUCAUUUGAGUCCUAGCUGUAAUUUAUUGUGGCAUUUCUUAAUUUUUUUUCAGAAACCUAAGAUGAUAAGAGAAUUUUUAUGAUUUCACUAUGUUCCGGUUUGUAUUAACCGACAGUGAGAAUUUAAAGAAAUAUCUGUAAAAUGUUUUAAUGUGAUCUAUUUUUCUGUUGAAAGUUAUUUGUUUUCACUCGCUUUUACAACUUGCCAUAUAAAUGUAGAUUGAGUUUGUACAGAUUUUAUGGUAGAUGUAGUUUUAUCUUCAAUAUGAGUUUGCAGUGAGCCAUUGAAACAUAAUUUAAUUGAUAAAUGUCCUUAGUACUCCCCUUACCUGAUUUAUUUCAUAUAAUAUGGAUAAGGUUAAAAUGCAUUUGACAUAUCCAUUUAUUUCAAGGUCGUUUAGAUUUAUUUGUAAAAAGAUUUUUUUUUCUUGUGAGUCACUACUACAGCCUACAUUGUAAAUUUCAACUUUAAUGAAAGCUUUAUAAUUUGCGCAUUCUUCACUUCCUGUUCAGUCAAAAUUUCAAAAAUACUGAGAUUUUCUUUCACUAUAUGAUUCAUUUUACAAUCUGCAUUUAAGCUAUGGGAUUGAUAAUGGCACAGUGAGGUCCCGCAAGAUAAAAGAGCAUUUUGAUAACUGUCUUCUGUAAGUUUUAAGUGCUUUAAAGUACCUCUUCUCUUGUCUGCAACAGGGAGUGCGACGUUAUGGAAAUGGAGUUGGUGGUAUUGCUUUGGAGGGACUGAACGUGCGGAGCGCUUGCUCUGACAGUGAGGUAUUGUUAACCGUUCAGGACUUUAGAAUGUUUUUUCGUUGUGUUUCGGGAGGUUUUUCGAGACGUAGAGUUGUGUGAAGUUGUAAAAUCGGUGAUGGUGUAAGUAGAAUGUGCUUCAGUCAAGUAGGGAAUUACGAUAUUGAGAACGCAUGUGAACGUGUCGGUGUUUGGUGUCUCGGAGGGAUAGCGAUUCUGCAGCCUGAUGGAACAGUUUGAAAAGAUGUCUGCUUCCUACUACCAGAUCCUGUUAUUAGUAAUGUACAUUUGUGAAUUUGGAAAUUUUGAAAGUCUUUUUUUUUUUUUUUUUUAAUCUAGAAAUUGGCCAAACACUUUGCAUACCAGACUUGCCUGUGGUUAUGAAUAAAAGAACCUAAAACUUAGCAUGUUAAACAACAGCACAAGCAAGCCGAGUCAAAAGAAACAAAUUAUUCUUACUGUAUGCAAUAAUAGUGCCCUUUUUAAGUGUUUCUGAUUUGUUUUCGAAAGGAAAAGUGCCUGUUGUUUGUCAUUCAUUCCUGAGUUCGUGGGAGGAAGUGUAUUCAUUAUGUGUAGGUUUUUAUGGCGUCUGGAUUAUAGCAGUAGUGUCCAUAUCAAACUAAUAAUGGAUGAUGAGGUUGUAGUUCUCACAAACGUAUUGUAUAUUUUUCUACUUGUUUUGAUUUUGACCCUCGGGCGGGAGACUGUGGUGUCUUGCAGGGUAAAGAAGGUGAUGGUGUUUUCGGCGAGACGCUUGUGUUUGAGUCAUUUCAGAAGAAAAGGCAGUUUUAUCAAGGUCUUUCAUCAAAGUAAAAAAAAAAAGUAUUUCUUUGCAGUGACAGCAACCGAAAUAUAGGUUAAUAACAGUUUUUCGGCUUUUUUUUUUUUGGAAUACUAAUUCAACGUGAUGACUGUAAGAAAGAAAAAUGAACUGAAAAGUUAAGUUUUAAAGUCACUCUACUACUGGAGCAAACUAAACGAGUGAACUCUGCAGUAUUGUCAGUAUUUUGUGGAAGGUUUUAGGUAAUGUUUAUGGUUAAAAGGCAGAUUGGUGCUUAAGUCACUAACACAUUUCUGAGAGGCGGAGCUUAACAACUACAGUAUUUCUGGCAUAUUCGUUUUUAAAGUACUAACUGAAAAGUUUGAACUAGCUUUAUAAGCUUAAACCUAACUAAAACUGAGGAGUUGAUGGUAUUUUCUAGUUUAGCCUUUUGCGCCAUCUAUUGAGGUUGCAUAAUUAAACCUGCUUUCCACAGGAGUGGUGUUGUACUCUGUCACGGAUCAUGAGCAGUUGUUGUGGAGAGGCAGAGGCAUAAAUAUCACUGUGCUAGGGUUGUUCAAACAGACAGUGUGAUUGUCUUGGUCUAUGACAUGGACGUUAAUCUUGUAAGCUCAAAGUUCGAAAGUGGCAUAAAUGGUCGUCUUUAGGCUGCAACAUACGCUGUAGCUCUGUGCUGUGCUGUGCUCUGCUUAGGUAACUUGUUAUUGAAUACCAACCAUUCAGAGCUAACACAGACGUAACCAUUCAUUUAAAGGCGUGAUUAUGGCUCACUCUCUCUUUCAAGCUCUGAACUUGCACCAGCUAUUCGUAAAUCCAUCACCAAGUGCGUGCGUCCUUCCGAAGGUCUUAGCAACAACUCACUUGCUUCAAGCUGCUAAUUUACAAAAUUGGGUUGGACCAUCAAACCUUUCAGACUGUCUCUGCUAGUAAAAGCCGGAGCAAUGAGAAAACUGGCUGCCAAAAACGAUCUGUAGCCCCGUCAGAUCAAAAUCAAUCAGCUAUUGAAAAUGGAACUGUAGCAACACAAGCUGUAACAUAACUUCCACUGACAGUUUUAGUAGGCCAUAUGAUGUAUUAAACUGCCUUUGUAAACAUAGGUAUUACUUGAUUUAUACAUGUUUAUGCAAGUAUUCAUGUUUCAGAAUUAACCCUAACCCUAAUUAGUUUUAUUUGGUUUCUUAGUCUGACAAUAUUUGUAUAAUCUUUUGUAAACUGAGCUGUUUUUAUUUCUUUGGAAUUUCACAUUUUAAAAAUUUCUCAGUUUACAUCAUUAUUAAACAGCAUUUUAUCAGGUGUCUGGCAGGAACAUCAACCAUAUCACAUUACCUCAUAUUCGUCAGUAUAAACGGGUAAUAUAUAUAUAUAUAUAUAGAUAGAUACAGAUAUAGAUAUAUAGAUAUAGAUAUAGUCAGUUACAGUAGCUACAUAACAGUUAAUAUUUAAUAUACUAGCAAGAUAAUGUUAGCUUUGACGGUAAGCUGCACAACAGUUAAACCUGGCAGUAAAUAUUUAGCAACAACCUAAUUCUACCGAGGAGCCAGCUUGUGUGGUGCAACCCAAUUAAAUUUUGCAAACUUUGUAAACACAUUAUAAGUUGUAAUGACACUAAGUUCCAACUUACGAACAGCUGGUGCAACAGCUCCUGCUUUUCUUUUCCGUCACCAGAAUGGAAAAAAAACAGUUUGAUAGUUAUUUAGCAUCAAGGGUUCACUAGCAAGAUACAGCUGCAGAGCCUUAGUAGUACAGUACAACACUUAAUUCAGUCUGCAUUUAGUUACUGUAGAUUACCGCUGCAAAAACUGGUACUGUCCAGUAGUAAGUGAGUAUAGUAGUAUUUCGACAGACAAGGAGUAAAAACUAGGACUUUAAACAGUGUCACAGCUGUAAGAAGGCAGCAAAUAACAGGGGAAAAAACAGUGACAUGUACCCAUUUGUCAAAUUAGCUAAAAAGAAUCAAUCAGAGAAAAACACUUUGCUGUCUAAAGUGCUCUUAAUUUUCUAGCCCAGCAUUAGGGGCUGUAAUUUGAGUUCUUUUUUCUUCUUAGGUUGUUGUUACUUGUUUUUUUUUUUGUUUUUUUGUUUUUUUUUAUUAUUAUUUCUGCAUCUCUCCAAACAAUGUCAUUCUGAUUUAAGUCGGCUUUGAUGAACUACCUCACGCUGAAUUUCUGCCAGUUCUUGCAUAUAUUUAGUCGCCUGCAGAAUUAGCUAUCGAAGACGUGUGAAUAACAGAUUCCAUUAUUUAUUUAUUUGAAAGUGUACUAUUUGUCGGUUUCAACAACAGACUUCUAGUUUUGUACAUUAUGUAUACUUCACCUAGAAGUAAGAGAAUUGUUAUAUGUAUUUUUUUUUUGUUUGUUUUUUUGUUUUUAAACUAAAUGUGCAAUACCUUCAGCAAACUGUGCUAGUAGUAUGUGAUGGGCCUAGCCUUUGUUAGCUGUCUCCUGAAGGUAAAGAAAAUGUUUGGUACUGUCAAUCCAUGUUUUCCUUUUUUAUGAAUAAGAUCAAUUUUUAUUUCUGUGACUUGUUUAUAGUCAUAAUGUUACGUAAUCAGUCUUACCCGCCAAACAAAUCUGUCAGCCAGGGUUUGAUUCAGAGACACUAAGUUUCUUGAGUCACAGUAUGGCAGACAGAUUUUGACUUGGGGGCGUGGUAAGGACAAUAAUGUUAAUAAACACAAAAAAGACGAGUAAAUACCUACAAGAAAUCAUUAUAUGUAUGGUGCUGGUUUGUAAUGUUUGCUAGUGAAUCCAGCCAUGCAAGUAGUUUUAAGAAUUCCUGGAUCUGCGCGUCCCAAAAACCGCAACCAACGAAGAAGUGCACUACUAGAAUACACGCACUGGGAUCUGAUGAUGCCACCUCUUAAAAAAAAAAUAAUAAAAAUAAAAAAAACAUGUACUGCAAAUAAAAGAAA